AGAACAUUGUACAAUCAUUCCGUAAAACUCCAGUCUUUAUCGCAACGAUGCAGCUUUUCAACGCAAUUCUCGUAUUUGCCUCGCUUGCAGUGGCUGCUCCCGCUGUGGAUGUGGCUGCCGCCCCUCUUGAGGCGAGAGCGGCUCCUAGCCCGUGCUACUCCAACCAGAAGUUGACCUGGAACACGGGCCAGGUCCCUGGUAGCGGUGGAUGGAUCUGCUACGAAACCCCCUCCGGACCCUGCACCGAGUACUCCUGGAAGACCGACCUUCCUUACUACAGCUGCACCUAAUCUGUUUGCCCUCUAUGUGGCGACAUGAGCGUUGAAUUCGACAUUUCCAAUUGCAUCCUGAGCUAGUACAUACUGGAUACCAGAUAAUGCUCAGAUUCACUUCAGGAUAUGUCGCGAUUUUGGUUCAUUGUACAAUUAUUGCGAGGGGCGCCACAAAGGCGUACAACUGUCUUCCUCGUGUAGCAUUAUAUAAGCGAUCUACUCAUCCUUUGUGUCAUGAUGCAUUACUAUCGGGCGAGCUGGUCAUGGCCUUGCACUUACAAGAUGCCCGUGACACUCUUAAGGCGAUCCAGAAGUCUGAUGCAGACCCCAACAUCUUCGUCAUCGCUGCCCAUGAUGCCAGUCUGCAUGAUUUGGUCGACUUCUU